GAUGAAGAUCAUGUCCAUCCGCAAGCCCCUCCUCUACAGCUUCCAGAGCUCCCUUCCCAAGCUGCCGGUGCCCCCCGUGGAAGCCACCAUCGCCCGGUACCUGGAGUCGGUGAGGCCGCUGCUGGACGAUGACAAGUACAAGGAGAUGGAGGCCUUGGCCAAGGAAUUCCAGGAGAAGACAGCGCCGCGGCUCCAGCGGUACCUGCGCCUCAAAUCCUGGUGGACCACCAACUACGUGAGUGUGGGGGGUCACCUGGGAC